AGGGGAUGGAUACCUGCUGGCUGUUGCAGGUGAUACAGGUGAGUGUGUGUGUCACAGCCUGGAGGCAACCAUCGAUCUAGCUUGUAACAUCGACACCAACAACUCACUCUCAGUCAUGCAGCCCUCGGCAUUCAGCCUCGUGUUUCUGCUUCUUGUUGCCUCCAGCCUCCUGGUGGAGGUGGUCAGGGCUCACACGGAGCACCAUCAUCACAGACAUCACCACACGGGACAUUACAGACACAGCCACUCUCACUCGCACUCGCACAAGCAUCACCACCACCACGAGAGCAAGUCAUCUGGCGGCGGUGACGGCGGUUUGAACCUGUUCCCUCUGCUCUUGGCUUUGCUGAUGGGAAACAACAACCUUAACGCUGCAGCUCAGCAGGGAGCCGCCCAACCCCAGCCCCAACCGGUUCCGGGCAAAUAG